ACCCUUUCGGAUUCGAUACCCAGGCCAUUUGCGGAUGUUUAUUUUCUGUGCGUAACGGGGCGUGUCGGCUUCUCAGAGAUAAAAGCCCCGGUGUUUCAAUCUACAUCCUUCAUGUGACUCCAUCUUUCUGAGGAACAUAGGACGAGCAUCUGACGGAAAGAUGGCAGCAGCAACCCCUCUGGCUACAGCCAACACCAGCUUCUCUCUGGCUCUGCUCAGGAAGCUGGGGGACAACGACAACACUGCAAACGUCUUCUUCUCUCCUUUCAGCAUCUCCUCAGCCCUGGCCAUGGUGAUGCUGGGAGCCAGAGGCAACACAUCUGCCCAGAUGUCAGAGACCUUGAAAACCCUGAAUAUUCAGGACGACGUCCACUCCAGCUUUGCCCUGCUGCUGAGAGAGCUCAACAAGCCAGGUGCUCCAUAUGCCCUGAGUGUCGCCAACAGACUCUACGGAGAGCAGUCCUACCAGUUUCUUCAGGAUUUCCUUGAGAAAAGUAGGAAGCACUAUGAAGCAGAACUGGAGACGGUGGACUUUUCCAAAAACUCCGAAGCAGCCAGGGUCAACAUCAACAACUGGGUGGAGAAGCAGACACAAGGUAAAAUUAAGGAUAUCCUGGGUAUGGAUGCAGUGAGCGGGAUGACCAGGUUGGUGCUGGUCAAUGCAAUCUACUUCAAAGGCAACUGGAACAAGCAGUUUCAGGAGAGCUCCACCCGCGAGGCUCCGUUCCGAAUCAACAAGAAUGACACAAAGCCGGUGAAGAUGAUGUACCAAGAGUCAAAGUUUCCCCUGACCUUCAUCUCUGAAGUCAACUGCCAGAUCUUGGAGAUGCCGUACAAAGGGAAGGAGCUGAGCAUGCUUAUCUUUUUACCCUCUGACAUGGAGGGUACAACUGGUCUGGAGAAGCUGGAGCAGGAGUUGACGUAUGACAAGUUCAUGGAAUGGACCCGUCCAGACAUGAUGAAUGUAAAGGAGGUCGAGGUGCGCCUGCCUCGGUUCAAGAUGGACGAAAAAUAUGACAUGAAGAACGUCCUGAUGAGCAUGGGCAUGGUGGACGCCUUCGACCAAGGAAAUAGUGACUUUUCCGGCAUGUCUCCUGCCAAUGACCUGUUUGUGUCAGAGAUUUACCACAAGGCCUUUGUGGAAGUAAACGAGGAGGGAACUGAGGCUGCUGCUGCCACCGCCGCUGUCAUGAUGCUGCACUGCGCCAUGAUUCCUGCCAAAUUCAUCGCGGACCAUCCUUUCCUCUUCUUCAUCAGACACAACCCCUCCACGACCGUUCUCUUCGCUGGUCGCUACUGCUCACCCGUAUGAGCACCGGUCAUUUAGAGCAACGUUCCUGAUCAGGAGGGAGGUUACAACACAGUUAAAACAGCAGUGAAAUUAAUUGGACCGAGGAAGCAGAGUUGGUUCAGAGCUCCCUCUUGCUAAUCCCUCCUCUGGUUUCCAUCCUGUAAAUUUAACACCAGUGCAUACAAGUUGGAUGGUUUCCUCCUUUUAUGUGCCUUGCUAAAAUGUCAGUUUCUCACACUGUUUAACCCAACAUUAUCCUUUGCAGGUUGUAUUUGUCCAUGUUUGUAAUGCCUGCAUAGCUCUGUUUGCUGCAGCUACUUUAUAUCAUGUGUCCUUUUUUAAGGACUUGGCUUUUCAUCAACUGGCAGCAUAAACACAACUUAACCCCAUGGUUGCAACAUCAUUUGCACUUCAUCUUCACAAAAUAUUAGAAUAAAUAAUUGUUUACACUUGAUGCAGAACCAAAGAGAAGUGACCAUAUGCAUGAAGCUUUUCUGGAUUUUAAAUGACAAAUAAAGGUUUGACUUGCAAA